AUGAACUAAUUGAUUUAAUAAGAGGAUUUUCAGUAAGAGUAAAUGGAUAAUAAUCAAAAUUUAGAAUAGUUAUAAUAACAAAAUGAGGAUGAGGAUUAAAAAUAAUCAUAAAAUCAAAAUGUUUAGUAAGAUCAAAACGAUGGUUUAGAUUAAGUUGAAGAUUGUUAAGAUUAAUAGAAAAUACAAGAAAUAGACUAAUAAAAUAAUUAGAAAUAAGAAGAAAAUGUUGAAACUAAAAGGAUUGCAACUUAAGGAGAAAUGGAAACUACAACUUAAAGAAAAGAUUAGAAUAGACGAUUAGAAACUGAAAAGUAAUAACGAGUUAAAACAACUACUGAAAGGACAUUUAAAACACUUGAAUAGGUUUAUAAUAAAAGAAAUUCAAGCUCAUUUCUAUAUUUAAGAACAGCUGAAUAAUUUGAUACCAGAAUAAUUCAUGAUUAAAUUAAUAGAUCUCAUGCAAAAUAAUAAUACACUUUUUCAAAAGCUUAAAGAUUUUCUAAGCCUAAAGAAAGUUAUUGUUCAAUGCAAUUCUAUGAUUCAUAGUAUAUAGUAAUAUUUAUUAUAGAAUUUAAACAUAAUUAAGUAAAAGAUCUGCAGCAUUAGGUUUUGGAAUUAAAUCUGAUUUCACAAAACGGGAUAAAUAUAUUCCAGGUCCUACAGAUUAUAAUAUCAAAUUAUAACCUAAACCAGGAGUCAAAUUUGCUUAUGGAAGGGAUGAAACACUUUCUAAAGGUCUUCAUGGUAGACCUAAUACUAAUCCUGCCCCCAAUUUAUAUUAAGUUAAAGAUAUCAUUACUACAUAUAAAUAUUCUAUGGGAGAAAGGACAUCAGCCAAACGUAUACUUAUAUUUAUAUUUAUUAGACAUUUACCUUGAAUCAACAACUCCUGCUCCAGGUAGAUAUAAUGUAGGUGGUUUCAGUUAAAAAGGAAACUAUUUUAUAGGCAAAUAUAAAAGUAGUGGAGCACCUGUUAUUUCUCCAUCUACUGCUUAAUCUCAAAGAAUUAAAAAGGUUCCUGGCCCUGGAACUUAUGAUCCACCUGGAGAUAUAGGAGACCCAAGAAACUAUUUACCUUCAUAAUAUUCUACUAGAAGUGGAAAUCGAUUUGGUUAUUAAGAAAGAUAGACAUAAGAGAUUAAAAAUAAAUUAUGUAAUUAAAUCAUUCAUCAUAAGUUCCUGGUCCUGGCACAUAUUAAAUUCCAUCUGAAUUUGGUGAUUUUGAAUUCCCACCGGCAUUUUGA